GAGCUAAUAAAUGGAGGGACAGAUGAAUUGAUGGUUGGAUGAAUAAACAGACAGCUUCUUGAUAUCACUGAGCUUCAGUUAGAUAAUAAUCUAUCAUCAUUUUUUCACUAAUGUUUAAUCAACAAAGUUAAGUGAUCGCAAAGUCGCAGUGUUAAUAAUUCAAGUUAAUAUUUAUAUUUCUAACAAUCGCUACCAACGUGUCAAAAUACAGGAGCAUUCAAUAGGAGUAUUAUGUGCAAAAUAGGGUACAUCAAGUUACUUGUUCUUGUUCUGAGCAGUUCAUUAAUGCCAACAAGUCAUGGAAGAAUAGGAUACAACAGAAAUUGUGUAGUAAAUAGUACAGCACAAGUUGAGAAGUAUGACAGGGUAUUUGUGUUUGUUGGGGAGUUCAAGGAACUUGUCUUUAAAAAACAACCGUGGCCAAAGUCAUACAUUGAGCUUCAUAAGUUGGCAGGAAGAACAACAAGGAGCCAGGUUAUACAAGAAGGAAGGAACGCACUCGAGUAUUUCAAGAUCAGGUAUGGAAUAGAUGCUAGUCACUUGAUAUCUGAUGACCAGAUUUACAAUGGAGAGGAUGUACAACUCGGGAAUUACACACUUUUAAUGGUAUCUCCCUCUUCUGAAGAAGGUCCUUAUCGUUUGAUAAUUGAGUCGAAGGAAAAUAAGGCACAUUAUUACGGGAACCCACCAGAAGUAGGCGAAGUUGCAUUUCUUAUAAUCAUAAACAGGGAACUCACAUCAGGAGGAACUUAUAACAAGACACUUUAUCCUGGAGAUAUUAUAGCGUAUGGAGAUUAUAUUAUCCAGACACCAAAGCGCUGUUCAAUGGAUGGUUUAACUAUAAUCCAUAUCCUUUCUAACCCUUCAAAAGCUCAUGGAGGUAGUGGCACUCUCACACACCCUGUCUAUGGAACAGGCUCUUUUCAA